CUAGUCGCUAGACAACCAGUCAGUGUCCUCUAAACUUGAGUAAAACAGAAGCUAAACUUUGAUAACGCUGCUAAAAAGUUACAGUAGUCGUCUAAUAUAAUAAUCGACAUGAUAUCUAAAUCUAAAGCAGCACGGAGGUUGACGUUUUCGCGUUGACGUGCACGCGUAGUUACAAAUGGACAGGACGCGCAGGUUCAUUUUUGCAAUAAUCUCAGCUGUUGUCCUAUGCAAACACUCCCAGGCUGAAUGGAAUGCCACAAAAGCCCCAGCGAAUGGGACUGUGUCCUGUGAACACCAUGCAAACAGCAGCAACUGCACAGAUUCAAAAGAUGAGCAGAAAUGGAGUGGACAUUUCUCUGCCUGUCCUAAAGAAUACAAGUAUUUCUGCAUUCAUGGUGCUUGCCGUUUCGUGGAGGAGCAGAACACGCCGUCAUGCAGAUGCGAAAAAGGAUAUAUUGGAGCAAGGUGUGAAUAUCUUGAUAUUGAUUUCCAUGUCGGAGACCGGAGGAAAAUAGUCAUUGCGUGUGUGGUCGCAGGACUGGUGUUUCUGAUUCUGCUCAUCGUUUUCAUAUGCGUCUGUACACAUAAACGAUAUAGACCAUGUAGAAAAAAGAAGAGAAAGAAGCAAACAAUUGAUGAAGAUGAGAAGCACACUCCGCUAAACACACAUGAAGGUGCUCCAGCUGACACAUCCAACACCAAUGCUGUAUGAAUGAUACAGUGAAGUGAUCCUGCCUGGCUUGGUAAUGGCCUGGAAAUGAGGACUUCUUCUGGAGGGUGAUGAAAGCAGAGAUUUACUGUAAUCCUGAGUGGACUUUCAAUGAACUCGCGUGAUAUGGUGUGUCAGGCAACCUUUGCCAUUCCCUCUGCUACUGUUUACCUCAUUCUUCAUGCCACUUUAUUCAUGCUUUCCAGUAGAAAAGGAUCUCACAGCUUCACGGUGGCUGUAAAUGUGAAAGCGUAUCAUAAUUUAAAAAUGUGAGGAGGUGGUGUACGACAUGCUGAAUGGAAACAAAGCCUGUCUUGGAUGGUUGAUAUAUGUUUGUAGUGCUUAUGAAACAAAGUUACAGUACGUUCAAUUUGGUGAGGUUGAAUAAUUAGUCAUAUUUCCAGUUUUAACAGUUUUUGAAAAUAGUUCUUCCGACAUUAUUGGACCAAAAUGUUCUCUUAAGUUUGAUUUAUUUAUUAGCAUGUAUAAAGAAAUGAUUUGUUUUUGUGUUGAACUAUAUUUAAAGAAAAAACCGAAGUCUGUUAAUAUAUACAUAUUUUUUGAUUCAUGAAGAGUUUUUAUAGAGCGAGAAGUAUUAGCUAGUUUUUCAGUCCUAUAUUUGGUCAUUAAUAUUUAUAACUCGGCAUCAAAAAAAAUUAGUUUCAUAAAUAAAGGGAAAGCGUUGUUAUUUGCGUUUUGUUAAGCACUGUUUGGAAAUAUUGUAUUUGUUGAUGUAGAGUUGCACUCACCAUUCAUUGUUAAAUCUAAA